AUGCUGUGCGCGGACCUGAUAGGGUUUCACUUUUUCGAGUACGCGCGGCACUUCCUCGUCACCUGCAAGCGGCUCCUGGGCCUCGACCACUCCUUCCGCCGCGGGGGCCUCUUGGCGAUCGACUUCGGGGCCCGCAGCGUCUUCGUCCGCGUGGGCCACGUCCACGUCAUGUUUUCUUCGCUGCAGAAGGCCCUCCGCAGCAGCAGCUGCAGAGCCCGCGCCGACGAAAUCAGACAAAGACAUAAAGGAAAAUUCAUCUUCGGCUCCGUCGACCGCUGCGAACCUCUCGCCGGCCUGCAGCUCAAAAUUAGGGCUUUAGACCGUUUUCUCGAGUGUUAUGAAUACGCCAGAGGAAAAAUUGUCCUCAUCCAGUACGCCUACCCAGUCCGGAGUUGGGGCCGUUCGGACGCGGCGGAGCUGGCGGCGCAGCUGCAGCAACUGGUCGACGCGGUCAACGCCAAGUACGCAGAUUUCGGGCGGGAGCACAUCGAGUUGCUGGUGCAGGAGGUGGAGUGGGAGGAGCGCUGCAGCCUCUUCAUGGCUGCAGAUUGUCUCCUCGACACUUGCAUUCGAGAUGGUUUGAACUUAAACCCUUUUGAAUACUUUUGCUGCAGAGAAAUGCAAACCCGAACUGCUGUUAUUCUCUCCGAGUUCACGGGCUGCUCCAGGGCCCUUGCCUCCCCCAUCCGCGUCAACCCCUGGAACUGCGAGGCGGUGGCUGCGGCGAUGGACACGGCCAUUGCGGGUUGGGAAAACAUGGAGUUGGCGGUGAGCCGCGACAAAACACAUUUGGAGCACAACAGCACUUUGAAUUGGGCAGAAGAUUUCGUUUUGGAUUUGGCGCGAGCUCGAAAGAGCGGCGACUUCGUUUACCACUCGAUGGGGCUCGGAAACACCUACAGAAUGAUGGGCAUAGACUCCCACUUCAGGUAUCUGGAUACUUCUCUCGUUAUGGCGGCUUUCCGGAAUUCGCGCCAUCGCGUUUUCUUCUUCGACUGCGAAGGCACUUUGGCCCCAGACCAGAGGCGCCUCGCCAUGAUGCAGAAGAACGGGGAGCAGUUGUUUGCGGCGGGGCGCCCGCCCUCCGCGCAGGUCCAGCGCUGUUUAAAAGCUCUUUUGAAAAAUCCCAAAAACACAAUUGUCAUUUUGAGUGGCCGAGACAGAGGCCUUUUGGAGGAUUGGUUUCGAGAUGUGAAGGGCAUUGGACUCUGCGCGGAACACGGCUACUACUACAGACUCGACAAAAUCACUGGAGACGAGUGGGGCUGCAUGUGCCCCGACGCGGACUUCGCCUGGAAGUCCGUGGCCAUGGAGUUGAUGCUGCAGUACGUGAAGAGAACCCAGGGCUCUUUCAUCGAAAACAAAGGAAGUGCCCUGGUGUUUCAGUACAGAGACGCAGACCCCGACUUUGGCCAGCUGCAGGCCAAAGACCUCUCGAGCCACCUGAGCGAACUUCUCUUCGGAUACCCUGUCACAGUGGUCAGCGGCAAAGGCUACGUGGAGGUGAAGCUCUUGGGGGUAAAUAAGGGGCGCGCGGUGGAGCGCAUUUUGCGGACUUUGUCGACUUUGCACGGAGACAUUGACUUCAUUUUCUGCAUUGGAGACGACAGGAGCGACGAAGACAUGUUUGCAGUGGUGAACAUUUGGAACUCGGGCGAGGGCAGGUCUCAAGAAGGCCCUAACGCCUCUUCUGUGAUAAGCCACAAAGGCUAUAUAGAGCAACGGCCUCCGCCGCAGGCUUUGCCGCGAGGGGGGGGCAUUUCGGCCGAUGAGGGGCCCCCCAGCACUGCUGCUGAGGCGGAGGGCCCCUUGGCUGGUUUGUCAAAAGGGCAAAUGAAGGAGCCCUAUGUCUUUACUUGUACAGUGGGGAAGAAGCCGUCUCAUGCCAAAUACUACCUCAUGGACACCGGAGAAGUGUCGGACCUUUUGGGGGCGCUGCGGCUCGUCUCUGAGACGUACGACCAGUUCCACCACAGCCAGUCGCUGGGGCCGCGGGCGUUUGCUGCUUCGACUGAGGGGCAGCAGCAACAGCAGCAGCAGCAGCAGCAGCUAGAUGAGGAGGAACAAGAAGAAGAUGAAGAACAAGAGGCGAUGCCCGUGCAGCGCCACCAGCACAGUCAGCAGCACCAGCAGGAGCAGCACCUGCUGAGGGAGCUGGAGCAGCAGCGGGAGCUGGAGCAGCAGCAGCAGCAGCAGCAGCAGCAGCAGGCCUUCUGGUCCACUGACACCAUAAGAACUGGCUUGUCGCAGCUAAGCCUAGACACCGAAAAAGAUGCAGCAGAAGAAAAGCCCCAGUCGAAUUAG